CAGAGCGCUGCUAACACUGUAGCUAGCCUGCUGUAGAGUUAGCAUAAAUUCAUGAUUAAAAUACAGCACGUAAAUACGGUUUAAACAGCUGAAACAUCAUAUUAUCUGGAUUUAUUGCUGUUUAUCAGGUCCUGUCUGCAGUCUGAUGGGUUCAUGAUAACAUCCAGGAGAGCAGAGCCCGUUCAGUACCAUGGCCCUCGCUGAGGAACAGCCUGAGAAACACUGCUGGGUGUGUUUUGCCACUGAGAGGGACGACCACAGUGCAGAGUGGGUGAGCCCCUGCAGAUGUAAAGGCUGCACUAAAUGGAUCCACCAGUCAUGUCUGCAGCGCUGGCUGGACGAGAAGCAGAAAGGAAACAGUGAGGGAGCUGUCAGCUGCCCGCAGUGUGGCACUGAAUACCACAUCACCUUCCCCAAGAUGGGCCCGUUGGUGUAUUUCCUCCAGCAGGUGGACAGAGCUCUGUCCCGGGCGAGCCCCUUCGCCGCCGUCGGGGUGGUGGUGGGGACCGUGUACUGGUCAGCCGUCACAUACGGAGCCGUGACCGUCAUGCAGGUGGUGGGACAUAAGAAGGGUCUGAACGUGAUGGAGCGAGCUGACCCGCUCUUCCUGCUGAUGGGGCUGCCCACCAUCCCCGUGGUGCUGGUGCUGGGCAAGAUGAUCCGCUGGGAGGAUUAUAUAGUGAGGCUGUGGCAGAGGUACUCCUGCAGGGGGAAGCUCCAGCCAGGUGGCAGCCGUUACCUGCCCAGAGUCCCUGCUGACGGGCUGGGAGCAGGAGAUCACCUGUCUGUGUCCAGGACUCUGUGCGGAGCGCUCAUCUUUCCCUCCAUCGCCAGUCUGAUGGGACGGCUGCUGUUCAGACGGAUGCCCUCUGACCUUCAGCGCACUGUGCUGGGCGGCAUCGCGUUUGUGUUGAUCAAGGGAGCGUUGAAGGUGUAUUUCAAACACCAGCAGUGUAUCAUUCAGGCCAGUCGACACAUCCUCAACUACCCAGAGGGAGACAGAGACGGACAGAAUGAAGAUGGAGACGAGGACACAGAGGACAGUGGGAACGAAUAGUUUCACUUAAUGUGGAGAGAGGCUGACAAACUGUGACGAUGGUACAAAAACAAGAUGUUUGUCACCAUAAAACACAAUGCAGAGCUUUAAUGAGGUGAGUCUGGGUAAGAGGCUUCACCUGUGACCAGAGUGACAUCAAUUCAGAGUUUCUGCCUCCAACAUCUGCAUCACAAACACAUCUACGCAGCCUACGCGCUUCUCACCAUGAGUACUAACACUGAUUACAUACUGGUGACGUCGUGUGUCCCUCUCAGCCUUUAAUUAUGCUCUCAGUGAUGAAAAAUACUUGAAGAUAUUUGUAAAAUAUGAUUUGUUGCCUUAUCUUUUAAUAUGGUGCCCAAACAAAGAGACUUACAGGAGUCAGCUCAGGUGAUUCAGUGUGUUUACGUGCACCCAGGUCAAGGCAUUAAGCAGGAUUUAUACUUGUGUGUGUCAACUCUAUGCAGAGCCUACAGUGCAGCCUACGCCGCUGUGAGCAUUUAUACCUGUGCAGUGGUGUGUCUGUGUCACUCUG